AUGGCCCCCGCCCGGGGCCGCCUGCUCCCUGCGCUCUGGGUCGUCACGGCCGCGGCGGCGGCGGCCACCUGCGUGUCCGCGGCGCGCGGCGAAGUGAACUUGCUGGACACAUCCACCAUCCACGGGGAUUGGGGCUGGCUCACGUAUCCGGCUCAUGGGUGGGACUCCAUCAACGAGGUGGACGAGUCAUUCCGGCCCAUCCACACCUAUCAGGUGUGCAAUGUCAUGAUCCCCAACCAGAACAACUGGCUGCGUACCAGCUGGGUGCCCCGGGACGGUGCACGGCGUGUCUAUGCUGAGAUCAAGUUCACCCUACGUGACUGUAACAGCAUGCCCGGUGUGCUGGGCACCUGCAAGGAGACCUUCAACCUCUACUACCUGGAGUCGGACCGCGACCUGGGUGCCAGCACCCAGGAAAGCCAGUUCCUCAAGAUUGACACCAUCGCAGCUGACGAGAGCUUCACAGGAGCUGACCUGGGUGUGCGCCGCCUCAAGCUCAACACGGAGGUGCGUGGCGUGGGCCCCCUCAGCAAGCGCGGCUUCUACCUGGCCUUCCAGGACAUAGGUGCCUGCCUCGCCAUCCUGUCCCUCCGCAUCUACUACAAAAAGUGCCCAACCAUGGUGAGGAAUCUGGCGGCCUUCUCAGAGGCGGUGACGGGGGCUGACUCAUCCUCGCUGGUGGAGGUGCGUGGCCAGUGCGUGCGGCACUCAGAGGAGCGGGAUACACCCAAGAUGUACUGCAGUGCCGAGGGAGAGUGGCUGGUGCCCAUCGGCAAGUGCGUCUGCAGCGCAGGCUACGAGGAGCGGCGGGAUGCCUGUGUGGCCUGCGAGUUGGGUUUCUACAAGUCAGCCCCCGGGGACCAGCUCUGCGCCCGCUGUCCGCCCCAUAGCCACUCUGCAGCACCUGCUGCCCAGGCCUGCCACUGUGACCUCAGCUACUUCCGGGCAGCUAUGGAUCCGCCGUCUGCUGCCUGCACCCGGCCACCCUCAGCACCAGUGAACCUCAUCUCCAGUGUGAAUGGCACCUCUGUGACCCUGGAGUGGGCCCCUCCUCUGGACCCAGGUGGCCGCAGUGAUGUCACCUACAACGCUGUGUGCCGCCGCUGCCCCUGGGCAUUGGGCCGCUGUGAAGCAUGUGGGGCCGGGACCCGCUUCGUGCCCCAGCAGGUGAGCCUGGCACAGGCCAGCCUGCUGGUGGCCAACUUGCUGGCUCACAUGAACUACUCCUUCUGGAUCGAGGCUGUCAACGGCGUGUCUGACCUAAGCUCUGAGCCUCGCCAGGCGGCCAUGGUCAACAUCACCACGAACCAGGCAGCCCCGUCCCAGGUGGUGGUCAUCCGGCAGGAGCGGGCAGGGCAGACCAGCGUGUCGCUUCUGUGGCAGGAGCCAGAACAGCCCAAUGGCAUCAUCCUGGAGUAUGAGAUCAAGUACUAUGAGAAGGACAAGGAGAUGCAGAGCUACUCCACCCUUAAGGCUGUCACCACCAGGGCCACCGUCUCAGGCCUCAAACCGGGCACUCGCUACGUGUUCCAGGUGCGCGCUCGCACCUCAGCUGGCUGUGGCCGUUUCAGCCAGGCGGUGGAGGUGGAGACCGGAAAGCCCAGACCACGCUACGAUACCCGAACCAUCGUCUGGAUCUGCCUGACGCUCAUCACUGGCCUGGUCGUCCUUCUGCUCUUGCUCAUCUGCAAGAAGAGGCACUGUGGCUACAGCAAAGCUUUCCAGGACUCAGAGGAGGAGAAGAUGCACUAUCAGAAUGGAGAGGCACCUCCACCUGUCUUCCUGCCCCUGAAUCACCCCCUGGGGAAGAUUCCAGAGCCCCAGUUCUAUGCAGAACCCCACAACUAUGAGGAGCCAGGCCGGGCUGGCCGCAGUUUGACCCGAGAGAUAGAAGCCUCUAGAAUUCACAUUGAGAAGAUCAUUGGCUCUGGGGAGUCAGGAGAGGUCUGCUAUGGGCGGCUGCGGGUGCCAGGACAGCGGGACAUGCCCGUGGCCAUCAAGGCCCUGAAAGCCGGCUACACAGAGAAGCAACGGCGUGACUUUCUGAGCGAGGCUUCCAUCAUGGGUCAGUUUGACCACCCCAACAUCAUUCGCCUCGAGGGUGUGGUCACCCGAGGCCGCCUGGCGAUGAUCGUGACUGAGUACAUGGAGAAUGGCUCCCUGGAUGCCUUCCUGCGGACGCACGAUGGCCAGUUCACCAUUAUGCAGCUGGUCGGCAUGCUCCGUGGUGUGGGUGCUGGCAUGCGCUACCUCUCAGACCUGGGCUACAUUCACCGGGACCUGGCUGCUCGCAACGUCCUAGUGGAUGGCAACCUCGUGUGCAAGGUGUCAGACUUCGGGCUCUCGCGGGUGCUGGAGGAUGACCCUGAUGCCGCCUACACCACCACGGGAGGGAAGAUCCCCAUCCGCUGGACAGCGCCCGAGGCCAUCGCCUUCAGGACCUUCUCCUCGGCCAGCGAUGUGUGGAGUUUUGGGGUGGUCAUGUGGGAGGUGCUAGCCUAUGGGGAACGGCCCUACUGGAACAUGACCAACCGGGAUGUCAUCAGCUCUGUGGAGGAGGGAUACCGCCUGCCUGCCCCCAUGGGCUGCCCCCGUGCCCUGCAUCAGCUCAUGCUUGAUUGUUGGCACAAAGACCGCACCCAGCGGCCACGCUUCGCCCAAAUUGUCAGUGUCCUCGACGCACUCGUUCGAAGCCCUGAGAGUCUCAGGGCCACGGCCACAGUCAGCAGGUGCCCGCCUCCUACCUUUGCCCAAAGUGGGGCUAGCGGGGUUCUCAGUGUGGAGGACUGGCUGAACUCCAUUCGCAUGGGGCGCUACCGGGACCACUUUGCUGCCGGCGGUUACUCCUCUCUGGGUAUGGUGCUGCGAAUGGAUGCUCAGGAUGUGCGAGCCCUGGGCAUCACCCUUAUGGGCCACCAGAAGAAGAUUCUGGGCAGCAUUCAGACCAUGAGGGCCCAGCUGACUGGAACCCAGGGGCCCCGCCGGCACCUCUGACCUCGUCGCCAGCCCCAGCUCCAGUGAGGACUUACAGGGUUGGUUAGCGGCUGGGCUGCCCCAGUCCAAGGGACUCCACAGCGGGGCCUGGAACAAUCAGGGUCAGGUGUCCUGGGAAGGGUCAGUUGCUUCCCGCCCAGGAGAGAGAGACUGCUCCCCACCUCCGUGCCGCUGCACCCAGCAGGAAUGCCACGUCCACCUCUGUGUGCGUGUGUGAGUGUUUGUGUGUGUGUGUGUGUGUGUGUGUGUGUGUGUGUGUGUGUGUGCAUGCAUGUACCAGCUCGUGGAUUGUGGGCUGGACUCAUGAGGUUAUGGGAACCUACAAGGAGACAUGUGAUUGUGUGUAUAUGUGUGACCCUAUUGGGUCAGCAUGGACAGAUGUGAGUCAGUGUGCCUGCCACUCCUUGAGGCUGCGGAUAGCCUCGUCAAGAGUGUUACUGGGUCACAGUCCAGGAGUGGGGGUCUCCGUGGGCCGCUCUGAAGCGCACCAGCAUCAGGCAUCCCCAACCCCGUCGCCACCCAGGUGAGCCCAGCCCCGGCUCUCUCUCAGGUCUGAGCCUUCCCUCUAGCUGGUGAGGGGUCACCUGCAGCUACUACCUGGCUCCCAUCACUGCUUCAACAGGAAAACAGGGUUCUCAGUCUGCCCCUCAGGCCUACUCUGUCUGGGCAUCACUGCAAAGUACACGACAUGUCCUCAGCUGGACUUGCUGCCCAGCCUGGGUCUGGGGGCUACCCACAUCCCUCCCCCAGUCUCUGUUGCCCCCACCCCUGUCUAAAAAGUCCCUCUCACUGCCCUUCCAUGCCCUGCUGUCCCUGGCCUGCCAUUCCCCCCAGCCCAGGCCUCGGAAUGGGGGCUAGAAGGUCCCCAGCUUCUCAUUCCCAAGCCCCCCUGAGAAGAUCACUGCUGAGACAGGGGGUGGGCCAUGUCCAAGAUCAUGCAGCUACCCAGUUUCAGUGUUAUGGCUCCUCCCUUUGCACCCAGGACUCUAUCCACCACCCCACCCCAUCUCAGAGGAUGGCUGGGGAGGACACUGGAACACCCCUUGACUGACCCACCCCCUUACGGCCCACCAGGGUAUGUAAAUAUCUUUUUGUACCAUGUCAGAAUAUUUUUUUCCUCACUCCUGACAAUGCAAAAAUGGUCUUCAAAGCACAUAAAAAGCACCCAGGAUGAGAAAGCCCCAUCCCAGGGGAGGUGAGCCAGGCAGGGUCCAGGAACCCCAUGGGGAAGGGGCAAGCCCAGCCCCCAGCCCCUGCCCAGCCCUUCCCGUAGCCAGCACAGCUGUUCCGCGAGUCACCAGCACUGAGCCCCCCUCUCUCCUCUGCAAUAAUUUGGGGAGUCUCAGCCCUGCCAGGUGCUGCGGCCAGCUCUCUACACCUCUAUAUAUUAUAUUACUAUAUAGCCCAGCUGCUCUUCCUUCCUAUGGAAGUCGGAAACAUGGUCAGCACACGGUCCAGGGGCAACCCUGUCUGCCCCUCCAUGCCCCCUGCACCCAUUUCCUGGGCCCUGGAGCCUCGGCAGGGCCACAGUGAGCCUGCCCCCGAGUGAGGUGCCCCCAGGCCCCAGGGAUCUGCCUCUCUGUGCUCUCCAUCCUGAGUCUUGAACUUACCCAUAAUGAGAAUAAACUCUGCCUCAUCUUUG